UGCCUGUUCUGUCUUGUCAUUGUCCACACAAUGAAAUUGCCUCUUUUCUUCUUGUUUGCUCUUUGUAUAUCCAAAGCAACCGCUUUUGGUCUAUACGGCUGCUACGAACGCCUCUUAUACUGGCAAGCGUAUCAAAUGGACGAAGAUUCCCACAAUAAGAAGAUUGCAACGGCCUGCGCCCGAGAUUCAAUAACUGCUAAGGUAGUGGGCCCGAUCACAGGAGGGCGCUGCAACCUGCGGCAAUUUCUCUACUACAUUACGGACAGCCAGGAUGAAAAGGCAGUAGUCGCGGACAAGAACACGCUUAAGGAUUCCGACCUGGCCAAGGAGAGAACCGAUCUCGACGAAGUUGCUAAGAAGAUGUACCACGCUGGAAUGGGGGAACCCUACAACCCGAGCCACAUCUACCAGGGUCUGCGCUCAAACUCCCAAAUCCAUGACCUUAUUCAGAAUGUUGCUGGAUUCAUCCAGCGGAAACGUUGGUUAGACGAAGGGGGUGGCAAGCCCGCCCAAGAAUUGUUCGAUCAGGCUGAAAGGGCCCGAAGCCGAGUCCAGACGGGGCGUAUAGCAAGCGGUCUCCGGGAUGUAGGAGUUGAGAUUCGCAGGAAAUACGAUCGAGAGGUUUGGGACAAGCAGCCAAAGAACAGAAACGGAAAAAUCAAGAAGAAUGCCCCUUUGGUUGACGAGGGACUGGUCAGGGAGCAAAAAGUAAUUCCCCCAGGAGCCACCGAGGGGUGGAUCUCCUGCAAUCCGGACGCCGCACAGGACUCACUCAACGCCGCUGGCAAGGAGGUGAACGUGAGAAAGGAAUUCAUAGACCCUUGGAAAAAUAAUCAGGACGGUCACCGGUUGAAUAUCCAGGCAGUCCAAGAUGCAAAGCAGAUGAUCACCGAGUGUUGAGCGUCAGAGGGAGAGACUUGUACGUGGAGGUGUGAAAUGUAGUGUGUAUUCAGUAUCAAGUUUUUGAACUUCCCAGGUUG